CUCACUCUAGUGUGCUCUCUCUCUCUCUCUCUUUCUCUCUCCCCCCCCCCAACCUCCUCCCUCCUUCUCAAAGAGGGUGAGUGUCUUGCUGGACUUUUAUCCUACCCUGUUCUGCUGCUGCUGUUGCUCAGUUCCUGCCUUUGGCCUUUUGCUAUCUCUCCUCUCCACUCGGCGUCUCACCUACUGGUUCUCCAUCAGCUAUGGAAAAUAACCAGCCUACAGGCCUAACACCUAAACAGCAACCCACCCCACCUGUGGACAGCUCUUCUUUGUUCCAUAAUCAGAAUGGCCUUCAGGAACAAAAUGGUGAGGGAUCACCACCCAAGAACUACGCCCUGGUGAAAGAAGCGGGGGUCCCCCCAGAAAAAACAGAGGGUGACAUUUCUGAAGAGCUGAAUAGACAGCUGGAGGACAUUAUUAAGACCUAUGGUUCAGCCACUGGCCUGGUGGAGGAGAGCCCUAUUAAAGGGACAGAGAAGCCUGAGAAGAAGCCUGAGAAGCCUGAGAAGACAGAAUCACUCGACCACCCAGAGGAUGGGGAAAAUGAAGAUGCCAAUGAUGAGAGUGAAAGAGAAGCCUCUGGAACCAAAGAGCCUGGCAGCAUUAAAGAGCAAAAGCUGGAAAAGAAAAUCCUAAAAGGAUUAGGCAAGGAAGCCACCCUUCUGAUGCAGACCUUGAACAAGCUGAACACAUCGGAGGAAAAACUGGAAGUUUUAUUUAAGAAGUAUGCUGAAAUGCUGGAGGAACAUCGAGCUGAGCAGAAGAAGCUCAAGCACCUCCAGAAAAGACAGCAACAGGUCACAAAAGAGAAAGACCAGUUGCAGAGCGAGCACAGCAGAGCAAUCCUUGCCCGCAGCAAACUGGAGAGUCUCUGCCGGGAGCUUCAGAGACACAACAAAACUCUCAAGGAGGAAACUCUCCAGCGGGCCCGAGAAGAGGAUGAGAAAAGGAAAGAAAUCACAAGUCAUUUCCAGGGCACGCUAAGUGAUAUCCAGGCUCAGAUUGAGCAACAGAGUGAGAGGAACGUGAAGCUAUGCCAGGAGAACACAGAACUAGCAGAGAAACUGAAAAGCAUCAUUGAUCAGUAUGAACUACGAGAAGAGCAUCUCGAUAUAUUUAAACAUCGAGAACUUCAACAGAAGUUGGUGGACGGCCAAACUGGAAAGCAGGCCCAGGAGAUGAUGAAGGAGGCAGAGGAGAGCACCAGCGAGAAAAGGAAUAUUUUACUGAACCAAGCAGCUGAGUGGAAGCUUCAGACGAAAAUGCUGAAAGAGCAAGAGACUCUCCUGCAGGCCCAGCUCAAACUGUAUGCUGAAAGGUUUGAAGAGUUCCAGAAAACAUUGACGAAGAGCAACGAGGUAUUUGCUACAUUCAAACAGGAAAUGGAUAAGACCACAAAGAAAAUGAAAAAACUGGAAAAGGAUACAGCCACUUGGAAGUCAAGGUUUGAGAACUGCAAUAAAGCUUUACUGGACAUGAUUGAAGAGAAAGCCUUGAGGACUAAAGAAUAUGAAUGUUUUGUGAUGAAAAUUCAGAGGUUGGAGAACCUUUGCCGAGCCUUGCAUGUAGAAAGGAAUGAGCUGUACAAAAAAAUUAAAGAUGCCAAAUUCCGGGAUGAGGAAGAGGAAAGUGCACACUGCUUGGAAGAAGAGGCAGCUACAAAUGCUGCUGGAAAUGAAGAAAUGCUUGCUGAGGAGGCCAGAGAGGCCAGUACCAGUGGAGAUGCCAAGAAUCCACCCACCAGUCUCACAUUAUCUCAUCACAUGGAGAAACCUGCAGUUCCAAUGAACGAGAAAACGGAGCCGUGUGCCCCGCCUAAGUGCAGCGACCUCAAUGCAUCAGAAGUUCUUCCUUUUCUGCCUCCUCGGCUGGAGUCAGGGCAUUCCCCCAAGCAUCCAAAUCCUAAGGUUGAAGGAUGCAGGAAGACCCCGGUAGAGCAGCCGGCUCAAUGCCGGCCGACACUGAAGGCCCAAAAUCAGCCUGUUCAGCUGGGAGUCGACUUCCAAGGUCAAUCCCCAAAGCCUCCAGCUAAGACUGGUGGUCCACCCGUUCAGCCAACAGUAGAGGCCCAGAGUAAGCCCACUCAGGCUCUGAUAGGGCCCCAUAGUCCACCUCCACAGCCUAAAGCAUGUGAUGUUCAAACCCCGCAGCCUAGAGCAGGUGCCCCUGGAGAUGAGACCAGCAGUCUGAUGCCAAUACCUACACCCAAGGGCCAAGGUCAGUCUGUACAGCCUAAACACAAAGGCCAAGGGCAGCCUGUUCAGCCUAAACCCAAGAUGCAUGGUCAACCUGUACAGCCUACAGCAAAGGCCCAAGGUCAGCCUGUACAGCCUAAAGCAGAGAUCCAUGGUCAGCAUUUACAGCCUAAAGUAGAGGCCCAUUGUCAGCCUGGGCAGCCUAAAGCACUGGCACAAGGUCAGCCUGGACAGCCUAAAGGAGAAGACCAUGGUCAGCCUGUACAGCCUACAGCAAAGGCCCAAGGUCCACCUGUACAGCCUACAGCAAUGGCCCAAGGUCAGCCUGUACAGCCUACAGCAAAGGCCCAAGGUCAGCCUGUACAGCCUAAAGCAGAGAUCCACAGUCAGCAUUUACAGCCUAAAGUAGAGGCCCAUUGUCAGCCUGGACAGCCUAAAGCAGUGGCCCAAGGUCAGCCUGGACAGCCUAAACUAGUGGCCCAAAGUCAGCCUGGACAGCCUAAACCAGUGGCUCAAGGUCAGCCUGGACAGCCUAAAGCAGAGAUCCACAGUCAGCAUUUACAGCCUAAAGUAGAGGCCCAUUGUCAGCCUGGACAGCCUAAAGCAGUGGCCCAAGGUCAGCCUGGACAGCCUAAACUAGUGGCCCAAAGUCAGCCUGGACAGCCUAAACCAGUGGCUCAAGGUCAGCCUGGACAGCCUAAAGCAGAGCCCCAGUGUCAGCCUGUACAGUCUAAAGUAGAAGUUCAAGGUCAGCAUGUACAGCCUAAAGCAGUGGCCCAGUGUCAACCUAUAGAGUCUAAAGCAGAGGCCCAUGGUCAGCCUGUACAGCUUAAAGCAGUAGCCCAAGAUCAGGCUGUAGAGCCAAAAGCAGAAGCCCAAGGUCACCCUGUACAGCCUAAAGUAGAAGUCCAAGAUCAGCAUGUACAGAAUAAAACAAUGGCUCAAUAUCAGCCUGCAGAGCCCAAAGCAGAGGCCCAUGGUCAACUUGUACAACCUAAAGCAGUGGUCCAAGACCAGCCUGUAAAGCUUAAAGCAGAAGUCCAAGGUCAGUAUGUACAGCCUAAAGUAGAGGUCCAUGGUCAACCUAUACAGCCUAAAACAGUGGCUCAGUGUCAGCCUGUACAGCCUAAAGCAGAAGCCCAAGGCCAGCCUGUACAGCCUAAAGGAAAGGCCCCAGGUCAGCCUGAACAGCCUAAAGCAGUGGCUCAAGGUCAGCCUGAACAGCCUAAAGCAGAAGCCCAAGGCCAGCCUGUACAGCCUAAAGGAGAGGCCCCAGAUCAGCCUGAACAGCCUAAAGCAGUGGCCCAAGGUCAACCUGCACAGCCUAAAGCAGAGGCCUCAGGUCAUCCUGAACUGCCUGAAGGAGAGAUCCUUGGCCUUGGCCCCAAGCAUCAGGUGAAGACCGACAGGAAAGGAGUAGAUCAAGCAUAGUAUUCUAUCAAUUCUGGCUGAUUAUUUUAAGGUGUGUGUCUCCAUUUUCACAGAUUGAUUUCUUGAAGAAAAUUAGUGCUGGGAGAUCAAGAUGGAAAGGCUCGAUUUGCCUGUUUUUCUGACCAAGUGUUGUGUAUUUGAAAUCCUUGCCCUCUGCAGUAUUCUAUCACAUUUGAAGUUUUCAGUUCAACACUUAGUAGAAGCAAAAGUAGAAGAAGCUCAGAAGGAGAGUGUGCCCUAAUGGAUAGGGCAAGGGCCUCAGAGUCAGAAGGACCUGGGCUCUAAUCCCAUCUCCACCACUUGUCUG